GGCAAGAAGGCUGAGCUGCUAGAAGCCAGCAUGGAGCCAGGCAGGAAGAGGCUCUCCUCUGCUUCAUCAGAUGGAGACAGGAGAGAAGAAAACAAAUUAAAACGAGGAAUGUCCCAAGAUUUGGCUUCGUCUCCCAAAUUGGACAGAUAUAAAAUAGCAAGACAAUUAACAGAAAAAGCAAUCAAGGAAAAGAAGAUCUUCUCUAUCUACGGGCACUACCCUGUGAUCCGGGCGGCUCUGCGCAGGAAGGGCUGGGUAGAGAAGAAGUUCUACUUUCUGCCCAAGGUCGUCCAGAAUGCCGAGGACAUGGGGGAAGGGGCUGCUGCAAAUAAAUGUGCUGAAGUCAAAGAAAAUCAAGAAAUGGCUUUGGAGAAAAUAGACAACAUCCAUGAUGUGAUGUCUAGGUUGGUAAAAAAUGAAAUGCCGUACUUCCUCUGGACCAUCAAGAGGGACGUGGUUGACUACCACAGCCUGGCCGGUGACCAGAUGCUGAACCACUACGGAAAGACAGCGGCCUUCACCACUAAGAUUGGGCUGUGCGUGAACAUGCGGAGUCUGCCCUGGUACGUCCAGGCAAACCCUGACUCCUUCUUCCCACGCUGCUACAGCCUCUGCACCGAGACCGAGACACAGGAGUUCCUGGAUGACUUCCGGCGCACUAUGGCAUCCAGCAUCCUCAAGUGGGUGGUCAGCCACCAGAACUGCAACAGGAGCAAGCCCAAGAGCAAGAAGGCAGAGGCCGGGAGCAGUGACCCCAGCAACAAGAAAGACCCCGAGAACGUCGACACAAAGCUCAGGGGCCUCUCAGGGCAGCUUGUGGACAUAGCGUGCAAGGUGUGCCUGUCCUACCUGGGACAGCUGGAGCACGAGGACAUCGACAGGCCAGAGAACACCACUGAGGCCCUCACUGAGGAUGAGUGGAAGGACCUGACCCAGCAGUACUACUCUCUCGUUCACGGCGAUGCUUUCAUCUCCAAUUCAAGAAAUUACUUUUCGCAGUGCCAGGCUUUACUGAACAAAAUCACGUCUGUGAAGCCUCAGACGGAGAUUGACGGGCUGCGGAACAUCUGGAUCAUAAAGCCUGCGGCCAAGUCCCGGGGCCGAGACAUAGUGUGCAUGGAUCGUGUUGAGGAGAUUCUGGAUCUGGUGGCCACAGACCAGCCUCCUACCAAGGACAAGUGGGUGGUGCAGAAGUACAUCGAGACGCCAAUGCUCAUCUAUGACACCAAGUUUGAUAUCAGGCAGUGGUUCCUCAUCACAGACUGGAACCCGUUGACCAUCUGGUUCUACAAGGAGAGCUACCUACGGUUCUCCACACAGCGUUUCUCCCUGGACAACCUGGACAGUGCCAUCCAUCUGUGCAACAACUCCAUCCAGAAGCACCUCAAGAACGACAAGGCGCGCAGCCCGCUGCUGCCGGGCCACAACAUGUGGACAAGCUCGUGCUUCCAGGAGUACUUGCAGAAGAGGGGCCGUGGGGCCAUGUGGGGCAGCGUCAUCUACCCGGCCAUGAAGAGGGCCAUCACCCAUGCCAUGCGCGUGGCCCAGGACCAUGUGGAGGCCCGCAAGAACAGCUUCGAGCUCUACGGAGCCGACUUCAUCCUUGGCAGGGACUUCAAGCCCUGGCUGAUAGAGAUCAACUCCAGCCCCACCAUGCACCCCUCCACGCCAGUCACCGCGCAGCUGUGUGCCCAGGUGCAGGAGGACACCAUCAAGGUGGUGGUGGACCGCAAGCUGGACCGCAACUGUGACACUGGAAACUUCGAGCUCCUGUGGAGACAGCCUGCCGUGGAGCUGCCACCGUUUAGCGGGUCUGACCUCUGCGUGGAAGGCGUGGGCGUGAGGAGGGCCAGGCGGCCGGUGCUGCCCGUCUCCAACUUCAGUUUCUCGGCGCCAUUCUCGGACACACGGACAGCGCAGAGCGCCUUUGCCACACUGGACGCCGCUCGAGGACCCCAGCGAGCGGUUCCCCUGCAAGACUUGAGGCUGAAGGACCAAAAGGUCCCUCCCUGCGCCUUGCCUGCACCCUUGCAGAGGCCAGUGCCGCCGAGGAGCCGCGUGGCGAAGACAGGCAAGGUUGGGCCUGCCGGGUCGGCAGAGCCCGCCACUACUGACUGUCAGCGCGUAGCCUCUGAGGCUCCGAAAGUCGUUCUUACAAAAGUCCCCGCCACUCACCUGGACCCUCCUAUGCCGAGCACACAACCCCCAACGUCGGGGGUGCAGAGCACAGCGGUCACGCAUGGGGUCCCGCUGCAGCAACUGCCAGCCUCAGAUGGAGAAUUUGACACUGUCAGAGCAUUCCACAGCCCUGGGGACCUGGAUAAGCCAGGUGCCAACAACUGGGCUGCCGAGGCCCCGCCGAGCGCCGUGCCUGGUGUGCCACAGCUCGCUGCCACUGGUCGGGCCCUGCAAGCGCUGCCGCUCCUUCUGCGUUGCGGUCCUGCACGGCGCCUCCUUCGUGCCACUUGGCAGCGGACAGGGCAGCAGCCCGUGGACCCCCUGACUGAGGACCCGCGUGGGACAAGGACGAGGACCCGGACGAGGCGUGCCUAGGCCCCUGCGGCCUUCGGGCCUGGCUUGUUUGGAGACCUGCACAUAGAUGAGGGACCUUGUAUACAGAGCUAUUUUAGAGAAAUUGUGCAAUCUUCACCAUGGUACUCUCUGGCCUGGGGCCUUUGCGAGUCCCUCUUCCGGCGUCCCCGGGGGGAGUACCAGGGGCAGAAGAGACCCAGGGCACUGAAGGACCCCAUGGAGGCCUCUCCUGCACCCCAGACCCACGGGGCCACAGCACCACCUGUGUGGGCUUCAGUGCUGAGUGCCCAGCUCUAG